CUUAGAGACAACAAAACAACGCGAAAUACGGCAUUUAUAUAACACCACUUUCUACUGAAAAUUACUUGGACUUUAAUAGGAAGUCGCUUUCAAACGAUUAUUCAUGCCUUAUCUUCCUCCAGGUAAUUUAACUAGUUACCGCAAUGCCUCUGCCUUAAGUACGCCUGUAGCAUUUCUUGGGGUAAUAGGCAGCAUCGUCGGUCUAUUAUUGAUAGUUAUUAUCUUCUUUAUUAUAAAAUCACGAUAUCCUUUCCAUCUACAGAUCCUCAACAACGCAAGCCCACCAGAAAAAUAUGGAAUAGUACAGGGGUCUAACAACCAGGCGAAGUGGACUCCAACGCAGCCUAGUUCGGUUGAAGUCUGUGCAAUAUGCAUCGAAGUUCUUAAGGACCAGGACAGUGUCCGACGAUUGAUAUGUAAACAUGUCUUCCAUACGGAUUGCAUUGACUCCUGGUUUCAGAGACACCAUGUCGACUGCCCAAUAUGCAAAUCAAUAUUCAUUCCAGACAGGCGCAGCAACCCUAAAGACGUUCAUUAGGCGAUUUUUCAUAAGCGAAGCAGGAUUUAUGAAGGUGUUAGGCUUCUAGUGAUCGAGAGAUAUGGAAAGAUCGAAUCUUUAAGGGGUCGUGCAAAGCCUGCAAAAUACUCGACAGGAGGUUUUCCUUUAACAAUUCGCUUCCUCCCAUUCACAAGCCACAUAUAUUUAAUUAUUAUUCUAUGUAUUUGGGGCAAUGGUCUGUAUAGUAGAUGUCUUAUAUUUCUUCCAAUUACAGUAGCAAUCUGAAUUCAAG